AUGACUGAUUAUUAUACUAACCAGUUCGUAUUUGAAGAUGGCCACAAUGACUUUGCCAUAUACCUGAGAUACUCGUACAAUAAUCACCUGUAUCAGAGAAAUUUCACUGAGCCCUUCAAGAGCGGAGACUUAGGCCAACAUGUGGAUUUGGACCGCUUGAAACGCGGCAGAGUCGGGGGGACAUUCUGGUGUGCUUUUGCAUUCUGUCCCCGAGUGAGCGAGGAAUACACCCCUGGAUACUUUUUCAACAGCUAUCAAACUGCUAACACGGAGCUUGAUACUCUUCGCCGAAUGAUCGCCGCAUACCCCGAUCGAUUUUCCCUUCCACAUGAUAGCAGCGAUGUUGAAUCCAUCGUCCAUGCCGGGAAAAUUGCGUCGCCCCUUUGUAUCGAAGGGCUUCACAUUAUUGGCGAUUCCAUAGCCACCUCGCGGAACUACUACGCGCUUGGGGUCCGAUACGCUACUUUAACACAUAACUGUCACAACAGUUACGCAGACGCAGCAAUGGUUGAUCUGCUAUCCGGUGGAUCUGCCGCGGCCGAACCGUACUGGGGCGGGGUCAGCCCUCUCGGCCAGAAGCUCAUCAAGGAGAUGACCCGGAUGGGGAUGAUGGUUGACUUGUCGCAUACGAGCUUCGACACCAUGCGAGAUGUAUUGAGUGGGUCGCCCGAGAAGGGCUGGAACGGAAGUCUUGCCCCAGUCAUGUUCAGCCAUAGCGCGGCAUACGCGUUAUGUCCCCACCCUCGGAAUGUUCCAGACGAUGUUUUGUAUCUGGUGAAGAACACCAACAGCGUGGUGAUGGUUACGUUUGCGACGGAUUUCAAUAGCUGCCGCGAGCCGAAGUAUGAGAAUCGCACCAACGGCCUCCCAGAGUUCUACCCGCCCAAUUCGACUCUAACGCAUGUUGUCGAGCACAUCAGAUACAUUGGGGAUCUUAUUGGGUAUGACCAUGUUGGGUUGGGAAGUGAUUUCGACGGGAUAUUCGACGUUCCCCGCGGGAUGGAGGAUGUGUCAAAGUUUCCUGAUCUCGUAGCAGAAAUGAUCUUGCAAGGGGUUAGUGAUGACGAUGUGUCAAAGGUCGUGGGACAGAAUAUAUUACGUGUAUGGCGGGAUGUGGAUGCUGUGGCAGAGCGGUUGAAGGCAAAUGGAGCCCACGCGCUAGAGGAUGAUAUUCCUUGGGAAAAAAGACCGAACGAGCCGGAAAAUGGGGGUAAGUUGCGCCGAGUUGAGUAA